GAAAUCCCCGCAGAAAACGGCAUCGCGGUCGCCCGCGAAGCAGCAUGUCGCCGCAAAGGAGAAUUCUGGGAAGCAUGCAGCGAAGGAACUUGCCACCAAGGCAGAGGCUGCUGAAGAGGAAGACGAGUACGAGUACGAGUCGACAACCAGCAGUUCAGAGGAAGCCAGGCGGUCCAAGCACAAGAGAGACGAUCGCCGCCGCGAGGAUCCCUGGCCGUAUGGACAGCUUGGUGCCGCCGCCCAGGCUGCGGUCCAGGCGCAAGCGGCAGUGGCGUUGUCCGGCUUUGGGACUGCUCCUCCAGGCUAUG